AUGGAGUCCAACUGCUCCGUAGAUCUGUGGGAGGAACAGCUGGACGUGUUCAAUUUCAGCAACACCUCGUUCCUGGACUUGGACGAACUGGACUCGACGUUCACAUGGAAAGAGUACCUCAAGAUGAGUGUCUACCUAGUGACCAUUGUGGCCGCACUGGUGGGCAACUUCGCGGUCAUCGUGACUGUGGUGACUAACCGCGUCAUGCGCACCACCAUCAACUACUACCUGCUCAACCUGGCCGUUGCCGACACACUGAUAUGCAUCUUCUGCAUGUGGGUUCACUUCGUCAACAGCCUGUCCACAUUCUACGUGCUCGGCUCCUUCAUGUGCCGCUUCGAGGGUUUCGCAAAGAGUGAGCAUUGUUCCACACUUUUCCUUACAUCCUUUCGCGACGAAGCUGAACAGAACCAAAACUUUCGUGCUGAGUGUCUGGCUGUUCAAGAGCGUAGAGUACAAAUGAAAGACACUGGAGUGAGCUCUGACAGGAAUUCUAUGGUUUUCACGGAAGUCAACUUGACUCUGCAGGAAUAA